UUCCAAACUUGGGCACACUCCAUGAAUCUCUGGAGAGGGAUUCAAUGAAUAUAAAAAAAAACAUAGUCCAAAAAUGGAAAAUGCUACAAAUAAUGUUGUCAUUUAAAAUGAAUGAGAAAUGUGCAUUUAAAUUAUUUUUUUUAUUACCUGUGCCCUCUCCCUAUCAUCCACAUCUAUUACUCUGUUUAGAUUCACACUGCAAAUCAUUUACAUACAGUUAAACAGGAAGUUGGGUCUUUCAUUCUGCAACCUUUUUUUUGCCGUUCUCGGACUCAUUAUUACUAGCCAGACUCCUUUAACUGCUGUCAGGAUCCAUUUUGCGAUUGAUUAUCAGCAAAGAUAUCUUUUACACGACGCGUUCAAGGAUGCUUUUGAAAAAAUCUGGGAGCUUAGUUGUGGUCCUCCUGCUAACUGGCAGCGGUGUUCUGGUCCAGGCUGGAUGGAGUGUGGCUCACAGCCCUGGGACAGUCUGUGCAUUACAGGGAGCUUCAGUGGUCUUGCCCUGCACCUACACAUAUCCAAGUCCUUAUCAAGUCAUGAAAACUAUCUGGUUCGGAGUUUUCAAUAAACAAGAGACAAACCUGGAAUCGCUUUCUGAGUACAGCGGUCAUUGGACUUACAUUGGAAAUCGGAUGAAUAACUGCUCCCUCAGAAUCACUGAUCUGAAAAAUAGUUAUGCAUUAGAAUAUCGCUUCCGAUUUGAGACAGACAUUUCAGGGGGGCAAUUCACUGGUAAACCAGGAGUGCAACUGUUAGUCACAGAUCUACAGGUGAUGGUGAAUCCUGACACAGUGACAGAGGGACAGAGUGUGAUACUGACCUGUAGCACCACCUGCACUCUGACUGGCAGCCCAGCCUUCAUCUGGUACAGGGACGGAUCUCCUCUGCCCUUCACUAAUCAGAGUCACCUGUUCACAGCCAGCAGGGAAGACCGAGGCAACUACACCUGUGCUGUGAAAGGCUAUGAGCAUCUUCCUUCCUCAGCAGUGAUUCUUAGCGUGACGUAUGGCCCAAAGGACACUUCCCUAUCAGUGAGUCCCUCUGGUGAAAUACUGGAAGGCAGUUCAGUGACUCUGACCUGCAGCAGCGAUGCCAACCCACCAGUGCAGAGAUACACCUGGUAUAAGAAUAAUAGAGCUUUAGCUUCAUGGACAGGAUCAGGAUUGAAUCACGCCAUCACUAACAUCGUCUCUGAGGACAGUGGACAGUACUACUGUGAGGCACGAAACCAAAAUGGAGCUGAGAAUUCUUCUGCUGUGACCAUAGAUGUCCAGUAUCCUCCCAGGAACACCUUAUUAUCAGUGAGUUCCUCCGGCAAAAUACUGGAGGGCAGUUCAGUGACUCUGACCUGCAGCAGCGAUGCCAACCCACCAGUGCAGAGAUACACCUGGUUUAAGAAUAAUAGAGCUGUAGCUUCAUGGACAGGAUCAGGAUUGAAUCACACCAUCAGUAACAUCGUCUCUGAGGACAGUGGACAGUACUACUGUGAGACACAGAACCAACGUGGAACUCAAAAUUCUUCUGCUGUGACCAUAGAUGUCCAGUAUGCUCCAAGGAACACCUUAUUAUCAGUGAGUUCCUCCGGCAAAAUACUGGAGGGCAGUUCAGUGACUCUGACCUGCAGCAGCGAUGCCAACCCACCAGUGCAGAGAUACACCUGGUUUAAGAAUAAUAGAGCUGUAGCUUCAUGGACAGGAUCAGGACUGAAUCACACCAUCACUAACAUUGUCUCUGAGGACAGUGGACAGUACUACUGUGAGACACAGAACCAACAUGGAACUCAAAAUUCUUCUGCUGUGACCAUAGAUGUCCAGUAUGCUCCAAAGAACACCUCAAUAUCAGUGAGCCCCUCUGGUGAAAUAAUGGCGGGCAGUUCAGUGACUCUGACCUGCAGCAGUGAUGCCAACCCACCAGUGCAGAGAUACACCUGGUUUAAGAAUAAUAGAGCUGUAGCUUCAUGGACAGGAUCAGGAUUGAAUCACACCAUCACUAACAUCGUCUCUGAGGACAGUGGACAGUACUACUGUGAGACACGGAACCAACAUGGAACUCAAAAUUCUUCUGCUGCCGUGACCAUAGAUGUCCAGUUCGCUCCGAAGGACACCUCAGUGUCAGUGAGUCCCUCUGGUGAAAUAGUGGAGGGCAGGUCAGUGAAUCUUACCUGCAGCAGUGAUGCCAAACCACCAGUGCAGAGAUACACCUGGUUUAAGAAGAAUGACACUGGAGUCUGGCAGGCAGGAUCUGGACAGAGUUUGAACUUUUCUAACUUCAGAUCCUGGAACAGAGGACAGUACUACUGUGAGGCACAGAACAGACAUGGAGCUCAGAACUCUACAGGUUUGACUGUCAGCUAUGCUGCUGUGGCUAAUUAUAAACACGAUUUAGCAUAUAUCAUUACUGGAACAUGUGCCCUGGCUGCUCUUCUGAUUGUUAUUGUGUUGGCUGUGUGCAGGAGGUGCCACUCAGUGAAGGAGGCUAAAUUAAAUACAGAGAUCCUCCAGGACGCCGCUUGUGCUGUGUACGCCAACGUGCCCGGGAGGACCGCCAGCACAGCGCCGCCGGGGAAGACAGUCCCGGGGAAAGAGGAGGCUGAGCAUUCAAACGUUCAGCGACCGCACUCCCAGGACCAGGAAGAGGUGCAGUACGCCUCCGUUCAGAAACCAGCCCCCCCGGGUGAGGAAGACGUCCAGUACGCCAGCAUCCGGUUCUCACGCUCCGGUGCUGCCCCCAGAUCAACUGUGCCAGCUUCCGAGGCUGUGAUCUACAGCACAGUUGCUAAAGGAAACACUUAAAUAUGAGAGCAACUUUGGAGAUGCGAGUCAUAUUGGAACAGCGGAAAUAUUUUCCUUCAUGAGGGUGAUGGACAUGGCAACGAACCGUAGAAGUCUUCACACUGAAUCUGAGACACAAAGAGGACUCUGUACGGAAGAUGAGAUUUAAGUUCAUAUUUAAUUAGCAACAUUAGCAUUGCAGUGUCUGUACUUUAAAUGAAAAAAGGGAAUACUUCAUGUUUUAACCAAUCAGCGUCUUGAUUAAUUUGUUCGUUACCUGUGUCAUGUAUGACUGUGCUAGAACGGAAGUCUGCUCCCACAUGGCCCGUCCUCCAAUAAGGUUGGACUCCCUUCUGCGAACUGAAUUAUUGUUUUAGAUGAUUUAAUGUGCCACAACAUGUUGAUUGCUUAAUAUUUGGUUUCAAAAGCCCUCUAUCAACCUCACAGAGCAUGAACAACGCCUAAUUACCAAGAAAUAACUGCUUGUUAAAAUUUGGGGAUUGCAGCUGGGGGGUUGGGGGGGGGGGUGGGCAGGACUUUGGGUGCAUUCCAACUGCUUAUUUAGGCACCUUAUGGCAGGCCAAACAGGUAAAAAAAAUAAAUAA